AACCUUGACAUCCCUAAACACGGCGCUACGUAGAGCUUCUCCAGAUCUCCCUUCUUGACCUCCUAGAUCUCCGACAAAGAGGGUCCAAAGUACCUUCGAGAUCCUUGGUUAUGGCAAUUUCUCGCUGAUUUUUCAGCGUGGGGCAAGCGAUACCCGUACCCUCCACGCAACUACAUUACAUAGUUGACACGUCAAACGAUUCAUGAGAUUCUUCGCUUCGUAUAAAGCUGCUGCAUGACCAUGGCCUCCUCUCAGAACACAUCUUGCAGCUUCCCGAGCCAAUCGAGUAUCUGCAUCAGCCCUUGACAUGACGCACAGUCUCGUCUACUCCACUCCCCACUCUGAAAAGGACAGCGUCUUGUCCGAGAUCAUCCCCACACCUUCGUCAACGAGGUGCUCACCGCAGACGUCGAUGUCCCGACUAUCGUAUGAGUCGUCACACUCCAGCGAAUGCUCUACCCCGACUGUCGCCCCAAUUCCUACUCCGAAAACAUCAUCGAGCGAUACGCUUGUAUCGUAUGAUGCACGCAAAACCUGGCAGCCGUCGACUACACGCCUUGUCGUAGCUCAUGCGGG